GCGCUCGGUUCGCAUUCAGUUGCCUUUUUUGCUCGUAGCGAGCCGGUUGUCCGUCGAUUUGAAGAGUUCUGCCGCUGACCUCCAUCCAAAAACCGAUCCGAUCCCAACCGCUACGGCUCGUUUUCGAUUCUAUUCACUCCGAUCAGAGCCGAUGCGUUUGAAUCGCAGCGAGUUUUUCUCUACGUAGAGUUACCACAUCGCCCGAUAUAGCAUAUACAGACCAGUUGCACGUGGAGGAGGUUGCCGAGCAGACGAGUGACCAUGGCGGAGGACACAAGUUCGCCGAUGGACAGAUUUUGCGGAUCCACAUUCUGGAACGCGACGCAAACAUGGUGGACCAACGAUCCGGACUUCACGCCGUGCUUUGAGCAGACGGCCCUGGUCUGGACACCCUGCGCCUUCUACUGGGUGUUCGUGAUCUUCGACUUCUAUUACCUGAAGGCGAGUCUGGACAGGAAUAUUCCCUGGAACAAGCUGAACGUGACCAAAGCGCUGGUGAAUCUGGGUCUGCUGGUAAUCACUGCCUUGGACCUGAUUAUGGCCCUGAUCAAGAAGGGCGGCGACUCCGAGCUGCCCCUCUACGACCUGGAUGUCUGGGGUCCCAUUAUUAAGUUCGCCACCUUCCUGUUGGUCUUCAUAUUCAUACCACUGAACCGGAAGUACGGCGUGCAGACCACUGGAUGUCAGUUCAUCUUCUGGUUCCUGCUUACUGUGCUGUCGAUUCCCCGCUGCCGCACAGAAGUUCGCCUGGAGUCGGAGCGACAGAAGAUUUUGGAUUCGCAGCAGCCCUCCGAGCAGGACUUUUCCUGGGAGGAGUACCAGUUCGUUAGCUUCUUUAUCUUCUUCACCUUCACCAGCAUUAUGCUGAUUCUGAACUGCUUCGCGGACGGAUUGCCCAGGCAGACCAAGUACCAAAGGGGGGAGAACGAGAUUCCCGAGCUAUCAGCCAGUUUCCUUUCCAGGAUCACCUAUCAGUGGUUCGACAAAAUGGCCCUCAAGGGCUAUCGCAACCCAUUGGAGGAGAAGGAUCUGUGGGACCUGAGGCCCCAGGACAGCUGCUCCGAAGUCAUGCCCAUCUUUGCCCACCACUGGAACCAGAACGUGCGCAAGAACUACAAGAACAAGGCCCGCGUAGAACCUAAGGCCCAGUUUAGCAAUGGCAACGUGACCUUUGAGAAUCCCCACGGAGAAAAGAAUGGUCGCAAAAAAGGCAUGGCCAGUAUUAUGCCACCAAUUUACAAGUCCUUUGGCGGUGUCUUUUUGUUCGGCGCUCUGAUGAAGUUGUUCACCGACACCCUGACAUUUGCCCAGCCCCAAGUCCUGAGCUUGAUCAUCAGCUUCGUUGAGGCCAAAGAAGCCGAGCCCGAAUGGAAGGGUAUUAUGUACUCUGUCCUACUUUUCGUAUUGGCCGCUGCCCAGACCUUUAUUCUUGGUCAGUACUUCCACCGCAUGUUCAUCGUGGGCCUGCGAAUCAGGACAGCUUUAAUCAACGCCAUCUACCGCAAGGCCCUGCGCAUUUCGAACUCCACCAAAAAGGAGUCCACCGUGGGCGAGAUCGUCAACUUGAUGGCCGUGGAUGCCCAGCGAUUCAUGGAACUGACAACCUACCUGAACAUGAUCUGGUCGGCGCCCCUGCAGAUCGGUCUGGCCCUGUAUUUCCUCUGGCAGCAACUGGGACCGUCUGUGCUGGCCGGUUUGGCUGUGAUGAUUAUCCUGAUCCCUGUGAACGGAGUGAUUGCUAGUCGCAUUAAGACCUACCAGAUCAGACAGAUGAAGUACAAAGAUGAGCGUGUUAAGUUGAUGAACGAAGUACUGAGUGGCAUUAAGGUUCUCAAACUGUACGCCUGGGAACCGAGCUUCGAGAAGCAAGUGUUGGACAUCCGUGACAAGGAGAUUGCGACGCUCCGAUCCACUGCCUAUUUGAACGCGGGAACAUCGUUCUUGUGGUCCUGUGCCCCCUUCCUGGUUUCCUUGGUCACGUUCGCCACUUACGUGCUGACCAGCGAGGCGAAUCAGCUGAGCGUCGAGAAGGUGUUAGUCUCAAUCAACCUCUUCGACCUCAUGAAACUCCCGCUGACCAUCCUGCCCAUGCUGAGUGUUGACAUAGCCGAGACGCAAGUUUCUGUGAAUCGUAUCAAUAAGUUCCUGAACAGUGAGGAACUGGAUCCCAAUAGCGUUCUCCACGAUUCCUCCAAACCCCACCCAAUGAGCAUUGAGAAUGGCGAGUUCUCUUGGGGUGAUGAGAUCACGCUGCGCAACAUUAACAUCGAGGUGAAGAAGAGCAGCCUGGUGGCCCUGGUUGGCACGGUCGGUUCCGGCAAGUCGUCUGUAGUGCAGGCUUUCCUCGGUGAAAUGGAAAAACUUGCGGGCGUUGUCAACACUGUGGGCAAGUUGGCCUAUGUACCGCAGCAGGCGUGGAUUCAGAAUGCGACGGUGAGGGACAACAUCCUCUUUGGGCAGACGUACGACCGAAAGCGCUACAACAAGGUGAUCGACGCCUGUGCCCUGCGUGCCGAUAUCGACAUCCUGUCGGCUGGAGAUCUCACGGAAAUCGGUGAGAAAGGCAUUAAUUUAUCAGGUGGCCAGAAGCAGCGCAUCUCGUUGGCCCGUGCUGUGUACAGCGAUGCCGAUCUGUAUCUGCUGGAUGAUCCUCUGAGCGCCGUGGACGCCCAUGUGGGCAAGCACAUCUUUGAGGAAGUUAUCGGACCCAAGGGUAUACUCGCACGAAAAUCCCGCGUGCUGGUCACCCACGGCGUCACUUUCUUGCCCCAGGUGGACAGCAUCUAUGUGUUGAAAAUGGGCGAAAUUAGCGAGAGCGGUACAUUCGAUCAACUGGUGAAGAACAAGGGCGCCUUCGCCGACUUCAUUAUCCAGCAUCUGCAGGAGGGCAACGAAGAGGAGGAGGAGCUUAAUCAGAUCAAGCGCCAGAUCUCCAGCACCGGAGAUGUCCCUGAGCUGUUAGGCACUGUCGAAAAGGCCAUUAAGUUGGCGCGCACGGAAAGCUUGUCAGAUUCCAUCUCCGUUACAUCCGCUGAUAGUUUGAUGGGCGGCGGUGGAAGUCUCCGCCGGCGAGCCAAGCGCCAAGACUCCCACGAUUCCGUUGCGUCUGCCGCUUCCCUGAAAAAGAAGCAGGAGGUCGAGGGCAAACUGAUUGAAACUGAGAAAUCACAGACUGGUGGCGUGGAGUUCGCAGUGUACAAGCAUUACAUCAAGAGUGUUGGCAUCUUCCUAUCGGUUGCCACAUUGGUACUCAACUUUGUAUUCCAAGCUUUCCAAAUCGGCUCGAAUCUGUGGCUCACUAAAUGGGCGAACGAUGAAAAAGUCGCCAACGACACUGGCCUCAGGGACAUGUAUCUGGGUGUUUAUGGUGCCUUCGGAUUUGGUCAAGAGAACACAUGCUGCUCAGCUACCAUGCUAUCCAAAUAUUUAUCGGGUCUCGCUUUGGCCAUCGGAGGACUCCAUUGCUCCAUGAAUGUAUUCAACAAGCUGCUAAACACAGGCCUCAAGUGGCCAAUGGAACUGUUCGACACGACGCCAUUAGGUCGCAUUCUGAGUCGCUACUCGAAAGAUGUCGAUACGGUUGACAGUGUACUGCCCGCGAUAACCGUACAGUUGUUAAACACAUGUUUCGGGGUUCUGGCUACCAUUGUGGUUAUUAGUCUGUCCACGCCCAUUUUCCUGGCCGUGAUCGUGCCCAUCGCCUUCCUGUACUACUUCGCCCAGCGCUUCUACGUGGCCACUUCGCGGCAGCUGAUGCGUCUGGAAUCCGUCUCCCGAUCGCCAAUCUACUCGCACUUCAGCGAAACCGUCACCGGAGCAUCGACCAUUCGUGCCUACAAUGUGGGAGAUCGUUUUAUUGAGGAAUCUGAUGCCAAGGUGGACAAGAACCAGGUCUGCAAGUACCCGUCCGUGAUUGCCAACCGUUGGCUGGCCAUUCGUUUGGAGAUGGUUGGCAAUCUGAUUAUUCUGUUCGCAUCGCUCUUCGCCGUCCUUGGAGGUCAAACCAAUCCCGGCCUGGUGGGUCUGUCGGUAAGCUACGCCCUGCAGGUGACCCAAACCCUCAACUGGCUGGUGCGCAUGUCAUCCGACAUUGAGACGAACAUCGUGUCCGUGGAGCGCAUCAAGGAGUACGGCGAGACCAAGCAGGAGGCUCCCUGGGAGCUGGAGCAGGACAAGAACAAGCCCAAGAACUGGCCACAGGAGGGACGCGUUGAGUUCCAGAACUUCCAGGUGCGCUAUCGCGAAGGUCUGGAUCUGGUGCUGCGCGGUGUUAGUUUCAAUAUCCAGGGUGGCGAGAAGGUCGGCAUCGUUGGUCGCACGGGUGCCGGUAAAUCCAGUCUCACAUUGGCCUUGUUCAGAAUAAUUGAAGCCGCCGGUGGUCGCAUCUCCAUCGAUGGCGUGGACAUUGCCUCAAUGGGUCUGCACAUGCUGCGUUCCCGCCUGACAAUUAUCCCCCAGGAUCCAGUGCUCUUCUCUGGCUCGCUGCGCAUCAACUUGGAUCCUUUUGAAAUCAAAACCGACGACGAAAUCUGGAAGGCUCUGGAGCUGUCCCAUCUGAAGUCCUUUGUAAAAAGUUUGGCAGCUGGUCUGAAUCACGAAAUUUCCGAGGGUGGUGAGAAUCUGUCAGUGGGCCAGCGCCAGUUGGUUUGUUUGGCGCGUGCUCUGCUGCGAAAGACCAAGGUUCUGGUGUUGGACGAAGCCACCGCUGCUGUGGAUCUGGAAACCGAUGAUUUGAUUCAGAAAACCAUCCGAACGGAGUUCAAGGAAUGCACAGUACUCACAAUUGCCCAUCGCUUGAACACUAUUUUGGACUCGGACAAGGUCAUCGUGCUGGACAAGGGCCAGAUCACUGAGUUCGCUUCGCCCACGGAGCUGCUAGACAAUCCCAAGUCGGCCUUCUAUAGCAUGGCCAAGGACGCCAACCUAGUUUAAGAUCCCUGAAUGUCAACUUGAAACUCCACGAAACUCAAACGGAAGAGUGUGUGCCCCAAUACAAAAACCCCUAGGAAUAUAGAUGUACGAAAAGAAAAUCAUUCAACGGUAGCUUUAAGCCAUUGGCACUGACAGCUCUACCUCAUGGCUAGGACAAGCAACUAUGAGACAAAGCAAGCAAACACAACAAAAGAACAAUAAGCGAAAGAAAUUAGCAAAUACCAACUAAAUGUUCAUUAGACUAAGCGAAAUAAUUCAAGCCAGUUGCGCCUUCGUCGGUUACGCUGUAUUCGUUUUUAUUAUGUAUAUGUAUUUACAUAGCAAAGUGUAUUUUUCUAUUGUCUAUUGUACUUAGUUUUCUAUGCAACCAGAACCGGUAUACGUGAGAUGGCAAGAUGGAGCAUAAGCCCAGAAAGAAAAAAUAACUUAUGUAUGCCACAUAUUUAUGUACUUAAAUUAACAAACCAGAAGAUUGAGAUACUACUUAAACUCCCUCAAGAAUUUUUGCCUUCAACUGAUAAAAUCAGUAAAUCAGGUCAAUGUAGUUAAAUCAAUUUAUUAAAACUUUUGUAGAAUGUAUACCUAAAUCAAAAAUAAAUGCCGGGAGUGAAUAAGCCAAACGAAAUCCCAAUGAAA